UUGUAGAAUGUUGGGGUGGGCUGUUGGAAUAUUCUGGUCUUGUGAUGUGGACUUGCCUCCCCACCUUGUCUGUCAUGGUGGAGCAGCCUGGUGGCCCUCAGUGAUGUUAUAAGCGGCCAGAAUGAGGGGAGGAGCGGUGCGUGCUGCAUCCCUUCAUUGGAGCGCUGGAGCUCUGACUGAGCAGCUCGCUUGUUGCACUUGUGCACCGACUGAGUACCUUUGUCUUCACAUCGUCCUGUGCAACACCUUGUAGCUUUUGCUCGUGGAAGAUCAGAGCAAAGUGACAAGGAACGGCUGCGGAUUCAAGGCAUUUGUCUACCUCAUUCUGAUCUCUUGCCAGUUCCAGCUUGUCACACCCACGCUGAUGGCCGUGGCGUGCAGCAAGAUCAGCUGUGGGCCUGACCUGGCAUGGGCAGAGACUGAGAACUAGGGAAAGCCCCUGCUGGUCCAUGAGGAGUCAGCUGUGAAUAUUCCAGCUGUUGCUGCUGCCCAUGUUGUUAAGAGAUGUUGCCAGGCAGCGGAUGAACUCUCCUUUGAGGUGGGAGACAUUGUGUGUGUCACUGACAUGCCACCAAAGGAGCUGACCCCCUGGUGGAGAGGCAAGCACGGCUUUCAGGUUGGAUUUUUCCCAGGGGAGUGUGUGGAACUCAUUAAUAAGAAUGUUCCUGAGGCUCUCAUCAAUUCAGUGCCAAAGCCAGUGCCCAAGAAACGCAGCAAGAUCCUUACCUUCCUUCAUUCCUUGGUGAAGGCCUGCCCAAAGAAACCGACCGAGCGGGAGGUGGAGAAGGAAAGGGUGUUUGGCUGUGACCUGGGAGAGCAUUUUCUCCACUCUGGUCGUGACAUCCCCCAGGUCCUCCAGAGCUGCGCCGAGUUCAUUGAGCAGCACGGCGUGGUGCAGGGGAUAUACCAGCUGUCCGGCACCGCAUCCAACAUCCAGAGACUGUGCCAUGAAUUUGAGUCUGAGAAGAUUUCUGAGCUAACCGUCCAUGACACUCACAGCACGAGCUCCCUCUGCAAGAUGUACUUCAGGGAGCUCCCAAACCCUCUGCUCACUGACCAGCUGUAUGACAAGUUCUCGGAUGCUGUUGGUGCCACUACAGAUGAGGAGUGGCUGGUCAGAAUGCAGGACGUCAUCCAGCAGCUGCCCGCUCAUCACUACAGGGCACUGGAGUACUUGAUGAGACACUUGGCGUGUCCAGCUGAGAACUGCUCUAUCACAAACUUGCAUGCUAAGAACUUAGCCAUUGCGUGGGCUCCUAACCUCUUAAGAUCACAGCAGAACGAGUCUGUCUGCAUGGAACUGCAGAUGCAGUCAGCUGUGGUGGAAUUCAUCAUCAACCACACAGACUUCCUCUUCUGCUCCAAGUCCCGACCUGACAUUGCAGAUGGAGCAGGGGACAGUUCUCUCUCCGGGCCCAAGUCUGUGUGGGUGUCUUCUCCUGCCACAGAGCUGCUCAUUCUGGAGGAGGCACAGGCUCAGAGGCGAGGCCACAGCAGCUCUUCCGUCGUGACAGAGAGCAGGGACAUAGAAGUGGAAGAAGGCCCCGCAUCUUUACCAGGGAAAUUCCACACAGUCGUUAACUUUCCAUCUGAAAGGUAAAGAAGACUUCCUUUUCCAGCACCUAUCAUCAUUGUUUGGGUGGGUUUUUGUGGCUUUUUGUUUUGUUUUGUUUUCCCCAUUAUUUCUAGUGCCAAACCUGCUGAAACUCAAUUAAACUAAUGGUGCCUGAAGUGUUGCAGUGAAUCUCUGCUCCCUUUGGACUGUGAGAUUGAACUAACAUUCAGUUGCCCGACGGGCUCAAUUUAGACACACAAGGCUGUCAUUCCUUCCUUCCUGGGCAGGCAGUCCUGUGCCGGCUGUACGUGGAAACGUUGGAGUUCUCCGGAUUUCAAGUGCCUGAAACCAAUUCCGGUUCUCCUCAAAGCAGAGCUGUUGGUCAGACUUGCUGGCACUAGAAACUAAACAUGGCAGAGAGAUGGGGCUAAUGAGGUGUUAAUGUCAGAGUCAGAGAUGCUUUUGAACUUUUAUGGCUGCACAGUUCCUCAGAAAGCAGUUAUGCCUGCCAGCUUGAGAAGAGCCAUCCCUUAAAUGC